AUGGCGGCUGUUGAAACGAAACCCGUAGAACCUAAGGAAAAUCUUUCCAACAAUGAUGAAAAAGAGGAUGUAAACAAUGAAACUAUAGAUGAAAAUGUGCCUGAAGAUAAGACGAAAAAGAAGAAACCAAAACGGCCCAAAAAAUCUGCUGCUGAGAAAGCGGAAGCGGCCGCAUUGAGAGAAGCCCUUGCCGAAAAGCUGGCGAUCGAGAAGGCAGAAAAAGUUGCGGCCAAGGAAGCAGAAAAACAAAAGAAGCAAGAGGCUGCUGCAGCAGAGGACGAAGAUGAAGAUGACGAAGGAGGAGCGGAUGAAGGUAAAAAGAAGAAAAAGAAGCGCAAUAAGAAAAAGGCGGGACAGGGUGGAGAGAAAUUGGUGGCUCCAUCUGUUCCGAUUACAGAGCAAUUUAAAAAUGCAAAAUACCCGGAGGGUGAAAUCAUGCAAUACCCUGAUGCAACCACCGCCAAGGAUCGUUUCACUAGCGAAGAGAAACGUGCCCUCGAUCGAAUGCAUUUGGAUAUCUACAACGAACUACGGCUGGCGGCUGAAGCGCAUCGACAGACGCGGCAGUACAUGCAAAAGUGGAUUAAACCCGGUAUGACGAUGAUUGAAAUUUGCGAAGAGCUCGAAAACACGGCUCGAAGGUUAAUCGGCGAGAAGGGACUGGAAGCAGGUUUAGCUUUCCCCACCGGUUGUUCGAGAAACCAUUGCGCUGCUCACUAUACGCCAAAUGCCGGUGAUCCGACCGUACUGGAGUUCGAUGAUGUAACCAAGAUUGACUUCGGCACUCAUAUCAAGGGUCGUAUAAUUGAUUGUGCUUUUACGUUAUCGUUUAACUCGAAAUAUGACAAACUCUUGGAAGCAGUUAAGGAUGCCACGAACACUGGAAUACGAGAGGCUGGAAUUGACGUAAGGUUAUGCGACAUUGGAGCUGCUAUUCAGGAGGUAAUGGAAUCGUACGAAGUAGAACUGGAUGGGAAAACGUAUCAGGUGAAAAGUAUUCGUAACUUGAAUGGUCAUUCUAUAAGUCCGUAUCGUAUUCAUUCCGGUAAAACGGUUCCCAUUGUCAAAGGUGGUGAAACAACCCGUAUGGAAGAAAAUGAGUUUUACGCUAUUGAAACGUUCGGCUCGACUGGACGCGGAAUGGUGCAUGACGAUAUGGAUUGUUCUCAUUACAUGAAAAAUUUUGAUGCCCCAUUUGUGCCACUACGUUUGCAGUCAUCGAAGCAGCUUUUAGGAUUGAUCAACAAGAAUUUUGGUACAUUAGCUUUUUGUAAGCGAUGGCUGGAUCGUGCUGGUGCCACGAAGUACCAGAUGGCAUUGAAAGAUCUUUGCGACAAGGGUGUAGUUGAGGCAUACCCUCCUCUAUGCGAUGUCAAAGGGUGCUACACAGCACAGUACGAACAUACGAUCAUGCUACGUCCGACCUGUAAGGAAGUCGUAUCUCGUGGCGACGAUUAUUGAACGAUGACCCAAUAUGCAUGGCGUUCGGCACGCACGUUAAAUUAACAAAUCGGCCACCAAAUGGAAGGAGAGCGAGUCUAACUUGCGAUGUAAUGCCAAGUCAAAACCAACAUAAAAAUUGAGGGAUUGUUUUGUUUACUCUUCGAGGAAUAAUGCCACUCUUAAUCGUGCAGUUAUGUUUUGAAAAGGAUUCGAUAAUUGAAAAUAUUACCAGUGUACGCGUUGAUAAAAAA